AUGGGGAGAAGCACGGUAGGUGCAAACGGAAAGGCGCUGUUUUACCUGAGCAAUCACGCAGACAACAUAUGCAGCGUGAAGUUCUGCGGCGAAGAUGUGCUCCUCUCUACGUGCGAUUGCGGAAUGGUCACCUUAUGGGAUUUAAAUAAUUUAACAAGCACGGGGAAUUACAAGGUGUCAAAUUAUAGUGCAUUAUAUGCGUCCCUUUUUGAUAAGGACCAUUUUUUUGUGAAAACGAAAGAAGGGUCGGUAAAAUUAUGGGAUAUAAAACGGAACCAUUGUUCUGUAAAAUUAGACGCCAACAAUUAUACGUACGCCAAGCCGUACUGUGUAAAUGGAAAAAUAGUCACGCCCGUAAAUCACAGUGGGGACAUUGCCAUCUUCGACCCGAGGGUGCAGGCAGCUUUGCCGCGUAGCAACACCAUGGGCCGUAUGAGCAGCGUGUGCAGCGGCUCGAAUGUGGGAAAUAGUAACACGCUGGUCAUACGAUUUAGCAAAGUGAAGAAACGUGGGGGAAAGAUCAAAAUGUUAUCCUCCAGGGGAGAGCAAAAAGAAGGCCAGUCCAUUUUGAGCACCGAAUUGAAGUCCUGCAGUGACAUUAUGGGUAUUUACCCCGUCCCAUUUUGGGGAGACUCUUUCAUCCUGGCAUGUUACGAACCGUCGCUUUUUUUAGUGUACGAUUUUAGGAUGGCUGACCAGUUUGUUUCGAGUUUUAUAAUAGACGUGAAGGAAAAUGUCUUAAGUUAUCACGUAAGUAAAAACAAAUGUGUCGUUAGUACGAGCAGCAAUUCUGUGUAUUCCCUUAACUUCGGUCCAAAUGAACAGGUCUGUUUGGCCAAAAAGGCACACUGCCCAACGUAUAGCAUGAGCGAUUUGGCGAUACGGUCGGAUAAUAAACUCUUCAUCUCAAUUACGGACAAGUGCUCCGUCAACCUGUGUAAUUUACAAAAAAUGGAGGUGAUAGACUGCAUUCAGACGUACAAGUUUAACAGUUUCAAUUUCCUGGACUUUCAUCCCUUUUCCGGCUUGUUCGCCGUGGCGGAACGGAAUAAGGUUUCCAUUUGGGCGAACCAGGCCUCCAGUUUUGAGCCACCCCCAUUGAGUGGCGGCCAGACAGAGGUGGUGCCACUAGGGUGA